UGGCCGGCCGAUUUCCCCAAAUGGCGUCUCAUCCUCCCAAAGGGCAUUAGAGGAGAGUAGGAAGGAAAACUACCUUCUCCAGAAAAAAAUGCAACAAAUUGAAGAAGAAAAACUUCAACUGGAGGACAAGUGUAGACGAAUGGAAGCCCAAAAUAAAGAGCUGGAAGAAAGACAACAGCGCCAGCCGGACAUAAACAUUAUUAAUGAGGGCUGGGGAAUCAAGUUUGCUCAGGCCCGAGAGCAGAUUGUGCACCUCAAUAAAGAAAACAGGCAAAAGCGCGCAGAACUAAAAGAAAUGACCAACCAGCUCCAAGACAAGAAAACGAUGACUGAUAAGAUACAACGGGAUCUCCAAUACAUGGACCGAAAAAAUUGGCUCCUCCAAAGACAGCUCCAUGAAGCUGUGGAAGAAAAGAAUAAAUUCCUCCAACAGAAGGAAGAGCAGGACAAAAAGCAACAAGACAUGCAGCACAAACUGAAGAGCAUGCAGGAAAAAUACCGCAUGCUGAAAGAAAGCCUGGAUGAAACACUGCGCCAAAAUAAAGACCUUCUUCAACAGAAAGAGCAACAGCAGGAAAGACUGAAAGAAGGAAAACGCAUCGUCCAGGACUUUCAGUCUAAAAAUCUAAAACUGCAAGAGUUUUGUAAUCAGCUGGAGGACAAAGCAACUAAAGUGGAAGAAGAAAGGGACAAACUGGAGAAACGGUGCUCACAGAUGCAGAAAAGGAUCGAUCAGAUAGCGAGAAACAACUCCGAGCUCGUUAAGGGGCGUUUGGUGGAAUUCAAUAACUUGAAGAGUGAACACACUCAAAUGCAGUCACAAAAACAACAAGAAGACAAAAUACAUGAAGACAAAAAUCAAGAAAUCAAGAAAAGAAAGAAGCAGUUAAAAGACAAGCACAAAGAGGUCCAACAGAGAAAUGCAGACAUGCACAAGGACAAGCUGAUACAGGAGGAAACAUCCAAACAACUCAAAGACAAGCUUGAAGAACAACAAGCAGCAUUGGAAGAGGUGGAACAAAGAUGUGAGAAACUUGAAGAAAAAAAACGCAGAAACCAUCGACGAGCUGAGAAAUCUCAUCGUGGAGAAAAAAGCGCUCGUGGAAAACAUACAAAACGUUCACCACAGAAACAUUUGGAAAGCUCUUCAAAGUCAUCGUAUAGAAACUCCAACAUGUUUCCAAGAAAAAAACAACCAAUUCAAAAAGAUUACGCCGCCUCUCCUUCCUGGAGUGGCCGGCCGAUUUCCCCAAAUGGCGUCUCAUCCUCCCAAAGGGCAUUAGAGGAGAGUAGGAAGGAAAACUACCUUCUCCAGAAAAAAAUGCAACAAAUUGAAGAAGAAAAACAUCAACUGGAGGACAAGUGUAGACGAAUGGAAGCCCAAAAUAAAGAGCUGGAAGAAAGACAACAGCGCCAGCCGGACAUAAACAUUAUUAAUGAGGGCUGGGGAAUCAAGUUUGCUCAGGCCCGAGAGCAGAUUGUGCACCUCAAUAAAGAAAACAGGCAAAAGCGCGCAGAACUAAAAGAAAUGACCAACCAGCUCCAAGACAAGAAAACGAUGACUGAUAAGAUACAACGGGAUCUCCAACACAUGGACCGAAAAAAUCAGCUCCUCCAAAGACAGCUCCAUGAAGCUGUGGAAGAAAAGAAUAAAUUCCUCCAACAGAAGGAAGAGCAGGACAAAAAGCAACAAGACAUGCAGCACAAACUGAAGAGCAUGCAGGAAAAAUACCGCAUGCUGAAAGAAAGCCUGGAUGAAACACUGCGCCAAAAUAAAGACCUUCUUCAACAGAAAGAGCAACAGCAGGAAAGACUGAAAGAACGAAAACGCAUCGUCCAGGACUUUCAGUCUAAAAAUCUAAAACUGCAAGAGUUUUGUAAUCAGCUGGUGGACAAAGCAACUAAAGUGGAAGAAGAAAGGGACAAACUGGAGAAACGGUGCUCACAGAUGCAGAAAAGGAUCGAUCAGAUAGCGAGAAACAACUCCGAGCUCGUUAAGGGGCGUUUGGUGGAAUUCAAUAACUUGAAGAGUGAACACACUCAAAUGCAGUCACAAAAACAACAAGAAGACAAAAUACAUGAAGACAAAAAUCAAGAAAUCAAGAAAAGAAAGAAG